AUAGUGGGCAGUGGGUAAAAAAAAUAAUAACUAUUAUGUUUAUUUGGAUAUGUAAAUAGUUUAUAUUUAUGAGACAAGUGUUCUUAAAAAGAAUAUAACGAGUAUCGUCGUAAGAGAAUAGUGGUGUUUAUAUUAUAUGUUUACUUUAGAUUUAUCUUUUUUGAAACAAGGAAUGAUUUAAUCACUUGUACUGCAUGAAAAGGAUUAGGUAAAAACUAAGUUUCAAUAACAUGAAAUAAACCAAACAGACUGAAUCAAUAAUGAUGAAUUUUUAUACUACCUAAUAAGGAAAUUCCUAUGUGUAUGUUCUAAAGAUUACGGGUGAUUUAAUAAUAAUGAAUUCAAUCGCGAUCGAGACCAAUAAUCAAGAGGGAUCUAAAUUGUAUAAGUGCCGAGAAUAUCCUUACAAAGUGUCGGCAAACCUACAUUACUUUAGAAAAGAUGGAAGGUUCUGUGACAUAGAAUUAAUUUCUGGGAAGACAAAAGUCAAGGCCCAUAGAGUAGUUUUAGCUGCUAGCUGUGAAUAUUUUGAUGCUAUGUUCAAUGUUGGACUUGAAGAAACUCAAAAGGGUCGUGUAUUAUUACACAGUGUACCAUCUGUUAUUCUUCCUUUAAUAAUUGAUUUUAUAUACACAGGUGAAAUAACAAUUGAUAAAGCAACAGUACAAAACUUAUUGAUAGCUGCUGAUAUGCUACAGUUAAGAGAACUAGUUUAUGGCUGUGGUGAAUUUUUAAAAAGGGAACUUCAUCCAUCAAAUGCACUUGGUAUAUUUAGAUUUGCAGAAACACAUAACUGUAAAGAGUUAGCAGAAGAAGCCUUAACCCACGCGCAAGCACACUGGAAUUUGGUAGCAAAUGGUGACGAAUUAUUAGAAUUACCAUUGCAGCAACUUAUAACACUGUUAUCAUCUGAACAACUUAAAGUUGAUAAUGAAGCACAGGUUCUAUAUCCAGCUUUAAAGUGGUUAGAGCAUGACCCAGCAACUAGAAGACGUCAUUGUUUUGAAGUUCUAAGUCAUGUACGGUUACCAUUAAUUUCACCACAAGUGUUGGAUAGCGCUAUAAAAACUGUUCACGACCCGUCCAUAGCUGUUGCCUUAAAAACUGUUCGCGUGGAUAUGAAAUCAGGGCGCGGAGCCCUAGUAUCACUAUCAGCAGAACCCCGUGCCCGCGCUAGGCGUGUCCUUGUUAUAGUAGGCGGGUCAUGUCAUGACAGCGUACCUCAUCCAGCUGUUACAACAGACAAUAUUCUUUUUUCUGCUUUAAAAUUUGAUCUGCAUAAACGGGAAUGGGAGGAGCUUGCGCCAAUGGGUAUAGCUCGCAUACAGCCAGGUGUUGCCACAUUAGGUGGUCGAGUUUACGCUGUCGGCGGUGAACAGGGAAGUCAAAUUUUGGCUAAUGGAGAAGUUUAUGAUCCACAGCUCGAUAAAUGGUCAGAUAUCGCGCCAAUGAAAGAGGCGAGAUGCGAAUUUGGUCUGACGGCUUGGAAGAGCAAUUUGUACGCUUUUGGGGGAUGGGUGGGGUCUGACAUGGGGUCCUCUGUGGAGUUCUAUGAUCCGGUUUCUGAUGAAUGGACGCUGGUUGAAGACAUGCCAGAGCCAAGGUUUGGCAUGGGCGUUGUUACUUUUGAAGGUCUAAUAUACGUAGUAGGGGGGUGUACACAUACGUGGCGUCACACGCAAGACUUACUCUGCUAUCACCCGUUGUUACGCAAAUGGCAGGCACUAAAGUCCAUGCGACACGCAAGAAGUCAGGCAGCAGCUGUUGUAUUGGACAACUAUCUCUACGUUAUAGGAGGGAUUGGACCGAGACGCACUGUUCUUGCUUCGGUUGAGAGAUAUAGCUUCGAUGAUGAUCGAUGGGAAGAAGUAGGUAGCCUCAAAGAGGCUCGCGCGUGUUGCGUAGCGGGCGCAGCGGAGGGUGUUUUAGUGGUCGCAGGAGGGGACACAGAAACCGAACACCGUGCGUUCUACCAGGAACGAACCACGCUCUCAUCGGUGGAAAUAUAUGAUCCAGUGGAGAAUACCUGGCGAUCUGCCCCUCCGUUGCCCCAUUCUAGGACCGAAGCAGGCGCCGCGCUCCUCUGACAUAUCCUGAAGCCCGAGUACACUGUAUACUACCCGAUACCACACAAAUUUCACUCUUAUUCUUUUCUUUAUUUCUCGUAGUUAAUUUUAGUGAAUCUAGUAAAGAUACUCCAAAAUAAUGACUGGUUCUAUUUAGGGUAUUUUUUUUACUUUUUUAUUACUUCCAUAAUACAAUGCACUAUUUGUCGUUCUACUUUUAUACUUACUUUGAUGUUUGAUUAAACGUAAUAAGAAGAAUACUUCAUAAUCACACAAAUAUGAGCCAUGGGAUAAACAAGAAUGUUAAGACGAAACUGAUUAAAUUAUAAUAGUUUUUGUAUAGAUUUUGAAUCAUAGGAAAAGCAUUUAUAAAUACAUAUUUAAUUAAUAGAGUUUGUCUAACUAACAAAAAAAUUUAGUAGAUUAAUAUUUU